GCUGUCCGCUCGGCAGGAAUCAUGUCGAGUUUGGCGGUCCGAGACCCAGCCAUGGAUCGAUCGCUGCGUUCGGUGUUCGUGGGGAACAUUCCGUAUGAGGCGACGGAGGAGCAGUUGAAGGACAUUUUCUCGGAGGUUGGUUCCGUUGUCAGUUUCCGUCUCGUCUACGAUCGAGAGACUGGGAAGCCCAAGGGUUAUGGCUUCUGCGAGUACCAAGACCAAGAGACUGCGCUCAGUGCCAUGCGGAACCUCAAUGGGCGCGAGUUUAGUGGGAGAGCGCUUCGGGUGGACAAUGCCGCCAGCGAAAAGAACAAGGAGGAGUUAAAGAGCUUAGGCCCGGCGGCCCCCAUCAUUGACUCCCCCUACGGGGACCCUAUUGAUCCAGAAGACGCUCCAGAAUCAAUCACUAGAGCAGUCGCCAGCCUGCCCCCAGAGCAGAUGUUUGAGCUGAUGAAGCAGAUGAAGUUGUGUGUCCAGAACAGUCACCAGGAAGCCCGGAACAUGCUACUUCAGAACCCACAGUUGGCGUAUGCGUUGCUGCAGGCACAGGUGGUGAUGAGAAUCAUGGAUCCAGAGAUUGCACUGAAAAUUUUGCAUCGCAAGAUACAUGUCACACCACUGAUCCCAGGCAAAUCUCAGCCUGUCUCUGGGCCUGGCCCUGGUGGGCCUGGUCCUAGCGGGCCUGGCGGGCCUGGUGGUCCCGGCGGGCCUGGCGGUCCCGGCCCUGCCCCUGGCCUCUGCCCAGGACCUAACGUUAUGUUGAACCAACAGACUCCUCCUGCCCCUCAGCCUCAGCAUCUGCCAAGAAGACCUGUGAAGGACAUUCCUCCUCUGAUGCAGACCUCUAUCCAGGGAGGAAUUCCAGCCCCGGGACCAAUACCAGCUGCAGUUCCUGGACCUGGACCUGGUUCCUUAACUCCAGGAGGACCAAUGCAGCCACAAGUUGGCAUGCCAGUGGUUGGUCCAGUGCCCCUAGAGCGAGGACAGAUGCAGAUAUCAGAUCCUAGACCUCCGAUGCCUCGUGGACCCAUGCCUUCUGGUGGCAUACCCCCUCGAGGACUACUGGGAGAUGCUCCAAAUGACCCACGUGGAGGGACUUUGCUCUCCGUGACUGGAGAAGUAGAGCCCAGGGGUUAUUUGGGACCACCCCAUCAGGGUCCUCCAAUGCAUCAUGGUCAUGACAACCGUGGCCCUGCCUCACAUGAUAUGAGAGGAGGACCAUUGGCAGCAGAUCCCAGAAUGCUAAUUGGAGAGCCCAGAGGUCCCAUGAUAGAUCAGAGGGGUCUACCUAUGGAUGGUAGAGGAGGUAGAGAAUCUCGAGGGAUGGAGACUCGGCCCAUGGAAACUGAGGUCUUGGAGCCACGAGGCAUGGAGAGAAGGAUGGAGACCUGUGCGAUGGAAACCAGAGGGCUGGAAGCAAGAGGCAUGGAUGCAAGAGGACUAGAGCUGAGGGGCCCUGGCCCUAGUUCCAGAGGUCCGAUGACUGGUGGAAUCCAGGGUCCUGGCCCUAUUAAUAUGGGGGCAGGUGGCCCUCAGGGACCUAGACAGGUUCCAAACGUUGCAGGAGUGGGAAAUCCUGGAGGUACCAUGCAGGGGGCAGGUAUACAAGGAGCAGGCAUGCAAGGAGGGAUGCAGGGAGCGGGCAUGCAAGGAGGGAUGCAGGGAGCAGGCAUGCAAGGAGGAGGGAUGCAGGGAGCAGGCAUGCAAGGAGGAGGGAUGCAGGGAGCAGGCAUGCAAGGAGGGAUGCAGGGAACGGGCAUGCAAGGAGGGAUGCAGGGAGCGGGCAUGCAAGGAGCUAGUAAGCAAGGUGGAGGCCAGCCUAGCAGUUUUAGCCCUGGGCAAAGCCAGGUAACUCCACAAGAUCAAGAGAAAGCAGCUUUGAUCAUGCAGGUUCUUCAGCUGACUGCGGAUCAGAUUGCCAUGCUGCCUCCUGAGCAAAGGCAGAGUAUUUUGAUUUUAAAGGAACAAAUCCAGAAGUCCACCGGUGCUUCUUGAAUGGUUUUCAACUCAGAAGCACUUAGUUAUUCCUUCAGAGUUUAUUCUGUGGCAUGAAGUGGUGCAAAAAGCUGUCUUCUGUGUUCGCACACUUUAACCAUUUAAGGUUUCCUUCUCCCUAGAUCUUAAUCUUAUUUCUAGUCCUGUCACUUUCUGCUUUCCUUUUAAUUUUUUGAUUGAGGUAUGGGGUGGAAGGAGUGGGCCUGUUCACUUUGUCACUGUUACUCUACUAGGUACCCUGAAAAUAACUAUAUCAUACACCAAGUAAGACUAUGAGGAGAUGCAACAAUAAUAACAUGUCUGCACUUUGUUAACUGCAUUUUAAAAAAUACUGAGUAAGCUGGGAACUACGUAGAAAUUGAAAGUGGCUUGUUACAGUAUUGAUAUACUAAGGUGGCUUAAAGGUUUUUGGUUGUAUAUUAAACUGAAUGUCAGAAUGUUAAGAUACACUUUUUGGUAAACCAAAAUACUGUAUUUUAGAGUACUAUAAUAUUAAUGUUUAGUUAUUUUGGAAUAUUGGAACUAACAGUCUGUGGUAGUUUUUGGGUAGGGUUUUUUUUGUUUUUGUUUUUAAGCAUUGUUAUCUGUAAAAAGAUAAUUUUCAUUUAUCUGACUUUAUUGAGACAACUAAUAUUCUUGCCUGGUCCCACCUGGUGAUUUUGCAGAAUAGCUGUAGUGUCAGCUGAAUUAUAUAAAGCCUCCUCUGGGGAGACUCAAGUGAUUUCCUAAUACAUUUCUCUAAAAUUCGUAGGCCCCAAGUCUGGGUGUAAGUAGUUUUUUCAUGUCAUCUAAGAGAAGCAGUUAGACAUGGGGUCAGACUUUCCUGAGUAAUGGAGGGUUUUUCCGGUAAAGCUCCCAGGUUCUUGAUAAACCACUAUCCUUACACAGAUGGAAUCCAUUUGGUCAGCAGGAAUCAGAAGUUAAAAAAAUCUUAGUCUUCUCAUUUUGACGUAUCUUAACAGUUUGAUAACUUUCACAAAGUACUUUCCUGCCAUCACCUUAACUAGAACUGAGGCCCAAGUGGUCUGACAGCUCUGCUCAAUUAACUUAGUAUUUUAUUUCUUAGAACUCACAAGAGCCAUUUGGUCAUAACAUACCUUCCUAUUAGAUGUGCUUUAAAAUAAGGAAUGUGGAACUUAAUGCAUUUCCUUUAGAGCUAUCAUACUAUUUUUUUGAUGUUAAGUGUGUGGCACCUAGACACCAUAUCAUAUCUAGUUAAUGAGUAGAAACAAGCACAAGUUCCCACUUGACCAAGUGACAUUCCUCUGUAGGAAACUAAAUACCCAGCUACAGAGGGAAGAGUAGCCUUAGGGAGAGAGCUGACUCAAGGGGUUAUUUUGCCCUUGGAAAGUUGGAGCAUUUUAAGUGUACAUAGUUUUCAUUCCUAGGCUGGUUUCCAUCGGUUUAGUUCUCUGUGCUAGUGUUAAACUUCCUGUGGUUGCCUCUGCUUCUCCUAGGCUGACGUUGGUUUGUGUUCUGUACCUUUGUGCUGGUUCUGGCUAAUUCCAAUUGCUUGCUUCUUUCAAAAUUGCGGUUGCUAGCCCAAAACUUCUUACAGUCCUUGUUAUAAGAAAAUCUCUGCAUUGUUUAAUGAAAGUUAAAUAAAACGGUUGUAUAAUUAA